GGUUCACGUAAGAAAGUACGUAUUGGUUUGCGUAGGAAUGCCCGUUUUAGUUUACGGAAGAGUGCACGUAGAAUAACAAAAGGGAUUAUUCAUGUUCAAGCUAGUUUCAACAAUACCAUUAUAACCGUUACAGACCCACAAGGUCGGGUCGUUUUCUGGUCCUCCGCAGGUACUUGUGGAUUCAAAAGCUCAAGAAAAGCAUCACCCUAUGCUGGUCAAAGAACAGCAGUAGAUGCUAUUCGUACAGUGGGUUUGCAACGAGCAGAAGUUAUGGUAAAAGGUGCUGGUAGCGGAAGAGAUGCCGCAUUACGAGCCAUUGCUAAAAGUGGUGUACGGUUAAGUUGUAUACGCGAUGUAACACCUAUGCCGCAUAAUGGAUGUCGACCUCCUAAAAAAAGACGUCUGUAAAAAAAAUGAAACCGCUUUCAAGAGAAAUAAACGAUUCAAUGAUCAAAUAAUACUAGUCUGUUAUGGUUCGAGAAGAGAUAACAGGAUCCACUCAAACACUAGAGUGGAAGUGUGUUGAAUCAAGAGUAGAUAGUAAACGUCUUUAUUAUGGUCGUUUCAUUCUGUCUCCGCUUAGAAAAGGUCAAGCGGAUACUGUCGGUAUUGCCUUGCGAAGAGCUUUACUUGGAGAAAUAGAAGGAACAUGUAUCACACGCGCCAAAUUUGGGAACGUGCCACAUGAAUAUUCCACAAUAGUAGGUAUUGAAGAAUCCAUACAAGAAAUUUUACUAAAUUUGAAAGAAAUUGUAUUGAGAAGUAAUCUCUAUGGAGUUAGAGACGCAUCAAUUUGCGUCAAAGGUCCUAGAUACAUAACCGCUCAAGAUAUAAUCUUACCGCCUUCCGUAGAAAUCGUUGAUACGACACAACCUAUAGCUAACUUGAGAGAACCCGUUGAUUUCUGUAUUGAGUUACAGAUCAAGAGAGAUCGCGCAUAUCAUACGGAACUCAGAAAGAACUCUCAAGAUGGAAGUUAUCCUAUAGAUGCUGUAUUCAUGCCUGUUCGAAAUGUGAAUUAUAGUAUUUUUUCUUGUGGGAAUGGAAAUGAAAAACACGAGAUACUUUUUUUAGAAAUAUGGAUGAAUGGAAGUUUAACUCCUAAAGAAGCGCUUUAUGAAGCUUCUCGUAAUUUGAUUGAUUUAUUUCUUCCUUUUCUACACACAGAGGAAGAGGGCACUAGUUUCGAAGAAAAUAAAAACAGGUUAACUCCACCCCUUUUAACCUUUCAAAAAAGAUUCACUAAUCUAAAGAAAAACAAAAAAGGAAUUCCAUUGAAUUGUAUUUUUAUUGAUCAAUUAGAAUUGCCUUCUAGAACGUAUAAUUGUCUCAAAAGGGCCAAUAUACAUACACUAUUGGACCUUUUGAGUAAGACUGAAGAAGAUCUUAUGCAAAUUAAUAGUUUUCGUAUGGAAGAUGGAAAACUGAUAUGGGACACUCUAGAGAAGCAUCUCCCAAUUGAUUUACCUAAGAACAAGUUCUCGCUUUAAAUCAUUGCAAUUUUUUCCUCUUCUUCUUUUUUGAGUUAGAAUAAAAAGAAAAAAGAAAGCAAUUUGGCAUCUUUGGCAUAAUCUAUAUUUUCGCGAAAUGGAUCAUAAUAAAAUAGAUUUUAGGUAUCUAGGGAAGAUUCACUUGGAAGUAACUAUUUCCUAGAUACCCAUGCAGGGGACUUCGCGGUGGAAUGAAUCAACUCGAAAAAUCCCUAAACUAAAAAAGACCUAAAGUUAAGGAUUUAUCAAUGGGUAAUGUUGCUCCAAUACCUAACCAAAGAGCUACUGCAGUACCGAUUAAAAAAACGGUCGUAGCUACUGGGCGACGAAAUGGAUUUUGGAAUUUAUUGACAUUCUCUAGAAAGGGUACUGUCAAUAAGCCCGUUGGCACAGAAACCAUUAAGAGAACGCCCAAUAACUUAUUGGGUACUGUACGGAGUAUUUGAAAUACGGGAAAGAAGUACCACUCGGGUAAUAUUUCCAAAGGAGUUGCAAACGGAUCCGCCGGUUCACCAAUCAUUGACGGCUCUAGAACCGCUAAACCUACAUUACACGCAAUAGUACCUAGAAUUACUACUGGAAAAAUGUAUAAAAGAUCGUUGGGCCACGCGGGUUCCCCAUAAUAAUUAUGUCCCAUCCCUUUAGCUAAUUUUGCUCUUAAUACAGGAUCAUUUAAGUCAGGUUUCUUUGUUAUUGGGAUAGGUGAAUUCUUUAGGAUCCAUCCCCCAAAGGAACCGGACAUGAGAAUUUUUCAUCAUCCGGCUCGAGCAAGAAUGAAAGAAAUAAGACCGUGGAGGAUCCACAAUAGAAUAGGGGUAUAUAAUGACUCAAUGACUCAAGGUAAGAAAAACUUUAUCAAAUUAUCUUUUCCGAAGUUGCGCCUAUAACUACUCAUUGAAAAGAAUCCUAUUCUUAUGCUUAAAUGCUCAAUAUCCAAGUGGGCUUACAAAUUUGAUCAUGAUCAAUUGCUUUGUGGAUUGUCUCUUGAUUAGUUGUUGUUUAUCCCCUCGAUAUCGCAAGUUUCUUAUGUCCAAACAAAGUAUUUACUUGUUACUAAUAAAAAAUCAAAAAGUUUAGCCUGCGUUCUUCCUUAGAUCCCUUCUUUUACUCCGAUAGUAUUGCGGAUCAAAAUCGAUGCAAAGAAAAUGAAUGCAUUUCCAUACUAUAAUAAAAAGUAAGUGUAAUAAAAAUUGAAUUGGAUCAUAUCACAUGACUUAUUCCAUUUAUACUCUAUAGGAUCUUACGGAGCCUGUUCAUGGAUGACAUGGUUGGUGGGGUAUGAUCAUAGAAAAUAUUCUCCUCGAGUGAACCAGCCUAUCCUUCCUAGAUAGGGGACUUACGUGUUGAUUGGAUGCGGAGACACCUUUGGUCGUGAAUUCUAAUGUGGCAGAUCCAAUUCUCUAUCUGCAUGGCCAAAUUAAUAAUUCAAGUCACACACUCCCAUAAUCCGCCUUAUUUUCUUUCGUAAAAUUCACUUCAACUAUUUGUAUAAAAAUACUUCGAAGUUGAAGAGAAGUAUCCAAAUGACAUGUCUUAUUUUACAAUAACCCAUGUUUGUAGCAAUGAAAUACCAUAACCUACCCGAUAUGAUAUAUGAGAAUUAGAAUUCUCUAUGCUAUGCCUUCCCUAUAACGGACCCGAAAUACCUUGCUUACGUACCAUUGGAAAGUGCAUUAACAUAAAUACGGCAGUAAGCAGAGGUAGUAUAAAGGUAUGUAAACUAUAAAAACGAGUCAAAGUGGAUUGGCCCACACUAGCACUUCCACGUAAUAAUUCCACUAAAGGGGACCCUAUUACCGGAAUAGCUUCGGGUACACCUGUAACAAUUUUGACUGCCCAAUAACCAAUUUGAUCCCAAGGCAAAGAAUAACCAGUUACACCAAAUGAUGCAGUCAAUACAGCCAAAACCACGCCUGUGACCCAAGUUAAUUCACGGGGUUUUUUAAAUCCACCUGUGAGAUACACACGAAAUACGUGCAGGAUCAUCAUUAGAACCAUCAUACUUGCUGACCAUCGAUGAACCGAUCGGAUUAACCAACCAAAGUUGGCCUCCGUCAUUAUAUAUUGAACGGAGGAAAAAGCCUCUGUAACGGUCGGUCGGUAGUAAAAAGUCAUAGCAAAACCGGUAGCGACUUGUACUAGAAAACAAGUAAGUGUAAUUCCCCCUAAACAAUAAAAUAUGUUGACAUGAGGAGGAACAUAUUUACUAGUUAUAUCAUCUGCAAUUGCCUGAAUCUCAAGACGUUCUUCAAACCAAUCAUAUACUUUAUUGAGAUAGGUAACUAGCCCGACUCCCCCUCCGAGAACCGUAUAUGAAAAUUUCAUCUCGUACGGCUCAAGCAGAAAUACACAAAUUUUCAACGGAUAUUAGAAAAAAGGGUUCAAAACUCCAUCAGCCACGGUAUUGGAUCGAUUUGCCUUGAAGAUAUGAAAUAAGAAAAAUCCAGAAUUUCUUCUUUGUGAUAAUAAUGCCAAAAAAUCUCAAGUUGGCUCAUCUGUCUUUCUUUCCCUUAUGUUGAUCAUUAGAGGCCUCUUGACUUUUCUCUUCCCUAUUUUUUAUUGAUUUUAUUUUUUGACUAGUCAAAAAAUAAAAUCAAAAUUUCUAGUGGUUUUCUGAUAGAAAUUAUCUUGUUGCGAUCCUAUGAAUCAGUUCAAUUAAAACCUUAGAUUCAUACUAGAGCCACGAUGAUUCAGUCUCAAGAUAAACAAAAGGCAAGGGUUCUUCGAAUAAGAACCGCUUGAUGAUCAUUUAUUGAAAGAGAAAAGAGUUCUCUUUUGGGCAAACAAAAUUGGAAGGAAGAAAAUUUCUUUUUUUAUUAAGAACUACUUCAUUUUUUUUUAAGUCUGGUUGCGAGGUCUAAAUAGUGAGUAUGAAUCAUAGUUCCUUUUUUUUGAUCCACUCUAUGUAUUUCGUGUUCCAGAUACUAGAAUAAAUAAUAUCUGACGAAUUAGAAUCAUCUUGAUAGAGAUAACAUGCCCCUUCUAUGUAUUAUCAAUAGGAUCAAUUCUAACAAGUCACACACUCAUAUUCCAGAGAUACCAAAACAAAAAAAUCCACGGUCGAACUACCAGAAUGUCUAGAAAUGUGGAGCUUAAAGUAGAAAGGCUUUUUUUGGAUGGAAAAACUAUGAAGUCAUAGUUUUAGUUAGUAGAAACCUAAUUCGUUAAAAUUCCGUCCAGUAAAACAGAAGAAUUAUAAAUUUCUAAAAUUAUAGAUAGGAAUAUCGCGAAUAAAGCCAUUGCGACCCCCAUAAAAGGAGUAGUCCCCCAACCCGGAGCAACUUUCCCAUAUUCCGAAUUCAAGGGUUUCAAUAAACUAGCUGCGCCAGUCCGUUUUGGCUUAGGUCUAGAACUAUCUUCAACGGUUUGUGUAGCCAUAAAUUCUAUUUAAUCAUUGGUGUUGACUUUGUAUACUAUUCCGUUGUAGUUGUAAAUACACGAUCUUUUCAUAGAUCCAUUGUAAUCUUGAAAUUCUAUAAAAAUGGAAACAGCAACUUUAGUCGCCAUCUCCAUAUCUGGUUUACUUGUAAGCUUUACUGGGUAUGCCUUAUAUACCUCGUUUGGGCAACCCUCUCAACAAUUAAGAGAUCCAUUCGAAGAACAUGGGGACUAAUUGAAGUAAGAAGUCUCCCCUCCGGGGGACUUCUUACUUCAAUUAAAUUAUUUCAUUUCUUAGUCGGAACCUUAGGUGGUUCUCGGAAGAAGAUAGCGAAAAAAAUUAUCCCUAAAGUCGAAACUAAAAGGAACGUAUAAACCAAUGCUUCCAUAGAUUCGAUCCUGGUUUAUUUACAAUUAUAACUUCCACACCUAUUCACUUAUCAUUUGGGAUCAUUUCCCAUAUAAAAAAAGAAAAAGAGUCAAAGAAAGGACAGGAGAUGUUCCUCAUGUCAAAUCAAACAAAAAAUGGAGGUGAAAGAUACCAUAGCAAUGUGGUAUCAGGCUGCCUGUCUCCUUGUAGUUGGAUCUCCAACUUUUUGGAAUGUUCCAAAUUCCACUUGAGCAUCCAAGUCUGGAUCAAUACCAGCAAAAACAUCUCGGAACAAGGUUCGAGCGCCAUGCCAAAUGUGUCCGAAAAAGAAGAGCAAAGCAAAGGUAGCAUGACCAAAAGUGAACCAACCCCUUGGACUGCUGCGAAAAACACCAUCUGAUUUCAAAGUAGCUCGAUCUAAUUCAAAAAUUUCCCCUAAUUGAGCACGCCGCGCAUAUUUUUUUACAGUAGCAGGAUCAGAAUAACUUACUCCAUUAAGUUCGCCACCAUAGAACUCCACCGUUACGCCUACUUGUUCAACACUAUAUUUGGAUUCUGCUCUUCUAAAAGGAACGUCCGCUCUCACAAUUCCCUCUUCAUCUACCAAAACGACCGGAAAUGUUUCAAAAAAAGUAGGCAUACGACGUACAAAAAGCUCGCGUCCUUCUUUAUCUCUAAAGACGGGAUGUCCUAACCAUCCAACAGCUAUGCCAUCCCCAUUGUCCAUUGAGCCUGCUCUGAAUAAUCCCCCCUUUGCCGGAUUAUUACCAAUAUAAUCAUAAAAGGCUAAUUUUUCGGGAAUUUUAGACCAAGCUUCUGAUAAACUAAGAUUUUCGGCUAACCCAUCGCUAACUCUUCGAUAUAUUUCUUGCUGAAAGUAUCCCUGAUCCCACUGAUAACGAGUAGGCCCAAAUAAUUCGAUUGGGGUAGUUGCUGAUCCAUACCACAUAGUUCCGGCAACUACGAAAGCAGCAAAAAAAACAGCAGCGAUACUACUGGAAAGUACAGUUUCAAUAUUGCCCAUACGUAACCCUUUGUAUAGACGUUGAGGCGGACGGACACUUAGAUGGAAUAGGCCCGCUAAUAUGCCCAAAGUACCCGCAGCAAUAUGAUGCGAAGCUAUUCCUCCCGGAACGAAAGGAUCAAAACCUUCUGCACCCCACGCAGGAUUUACAGCUUGUACUUUUCCAGUGAGUCCGUAAGGAUCGGACACCCAUAUCCCAGGGCCAUAUAAACCCGUUACAUGAAAUGCACCAAAGCCAAAACAAGCCACCCCUGCAAGAAAUAAAUGAAUUCCAAAGAUCUUGGGCAAAUCCAAAGAAGGUUUUCCCGUCCGCUCAUCACAGAAUAUUUCUAGGUCCCAAUAUACCCAAUGCCAGAUAGCUGCCAAGAAACACAAGCCAGAAAACACAAUAUGCGCACCUGCCACACCUUCAUAACUCCAAAUACCCGGAUUCGUUACAGUUACUCCUGAAAUACUCCAACCACCCCACGAAUUCGUUAUUCCUAAACGAGUCAUGAAGGGGAUGACGAACAUACCUUGUCUCCACAUUGGAUCCAGAACAGGAUCAGAGGGAUCAAAAACCGCUAAUUCGUAUAAAGCCAUCGAACCAGCCCAACCAGAAACUAGAGCUGUGUGCAUUAUAUGCACCGAAAGCAAUCGACCCGGAUCAUUCAAUACGACAGUAUGAACACGAUACCAAGGCAAACACAUGGAAAUACCCCUUUAGCAAAGAAAAAUAGACACGAUGUCGCUUUAUUUUAUCGCAUUGGAAAAGACUAUCCAUACUUAUUCUAUGUACCUAACCCUUCUAGGGGAUUCUAUGUCAGAAAGCGUGAAUAUUUAUUUCAUUCCAUUAAAAAUAACAAGCCAAUUCUGUUUGUAAGAAGAAAGAGAAGCAGAUCUAUUCUAUACUCGAUAAGUGCCAAUAUGCAAUGGGUAGCUUGGGCUAUUUGGAAAAACGAAGAAUAGAUCCUUCAUCCCUCUUUGUUUAUCAUUCAAAUCACGGAUUCUUUUUUCUUUAUUCAAUCUGUUUUACCUUCCUUAUAUGUAGAAUAUUUCAAUCUAUGUAUUAAUAGAAUCUAUAGUAUUCUUAUAGAAUAA